AUGUUGAUUGAGAGAAGAAGUGGCAUUGCAACAGUGAAGAGAAAGGCAGAGAAAGAACUGAACACAGACAAACUGAUCAGCAGAAGAGACAACAUCUCACUGCAAGGCACAGUGACUAUCACCACAGCCAUAAGAGAUAUAGAAGAAGAAGAAGAUGUGGCAAUGAAAGUGAUGCUUCUGCAGCUCAUUGAUGCCACUGUCUCUGUCUUCAACCUGACUUUCUUAAUAGCCACAGAGGCUGCAGCCACAUCAUGA